AUGUGGAAAGAGCUGGGCCAGAUCCUGUCGCGCGCCAGGUCUCUGCUGGAGAAGUCAGAGGCAUCACAGCUCGCCAGCGGCCACACAGCCGUGCUGCUGCCCACGCUGCUGCUACCACCGCCCAGCCCCGUGCACCCCGACCCGGCAGGUGAGUGCCUCCCCCAGCAUCCCCCGGUGCUCCCUCCCGGUCAUGGCAACCUGCUCACACCUCCUCCUCCUCCUCCACCCACACGUCCCUCUGCAUGGACAGGGCCGCAGGGAGAGCUGCUCUCCUGCCGGCACCGCGAAACAGCUCUCCUGUACCCCGUCAGGGCCCUGCCCUGGGUCCUAUGA